GUUUUUUUUGGUAGUAAAACCAUGGUUAAUUUUCGUAAGGAUUGUUAAUCAACAUCUGUCAGAAAUUCCACAUCUGAAGGGCCGGGUAUGUUUCAUUUUCCACGUUCCAAACAGUUGAGUGCGCGAGUCUUUCAGAGUAUAUUUUUUUGUUCUUGAGCUCGGAAAGACGUGUUCGGCGCUUGUGCACUAUCUAGUGGACAUUGUUUUCAAGCGCUCUAGUCACUCGCACAUGCGCUGUUGUACGCGCACCGUCCACGCGGACACACACACACACACACACACACACACACACGAAGAACUUAUCUUUGACCCAAAACAAGGCGGCUGCACGCGGACGCUCCGGAUGACGAAAGCCUACAUCACGCGGACCGUCGAGAAACACGGACGGCCGAAGUAUACUUUGGGCUUUAUUGUCAUAUAUUUUUAGUCCAAUAUACCCUGAGAUCCACACAAAAACACAAUUUAUGGUCUUCAUAUUCUCUUACCUCAAUUAUUAUCAUUAUUAGACCCCACAGUCUCACUCGUUUCUCAAUGUCAGUGCUGCUUAAAAAAUGUUUAAGCUGGUUUAAGCAGGUUUAAAGUGGUCUAGCUAUCAAGUUUCCCAGUCUGACCAGCUGGAAAACCCCUAGAAACCUCUAAAACCAGCAAGGCCGCAAGACCAGCAAGCUAUUUAGGCUGGUUUAAGCAGUUUUUUUUCCAGCAAAGAAUAUAAAAGGGAGGGCAUUAAGGAGAGAUAGACGAGAACUCUGCCCACGACGACAACAAUUCAAGGAGACCACUAAAGAAGGAUCUCAUAGAGAGCACAUCCACAAUGAAGAACCAAAGCAGAGGUCUGAUUGUUAUUCUGCCAAAUAACACGAAACUAAACAUGACUGUUGGGCUUAAGGACAGAGGUCAAGAUGUGUUCAACCAGAUGUCUGAGCUACUCGGCAUCUCAGAUCUUCACCUCUUUGGUCUGAGUGUUGUGAAGGACAAUCAACUGCUUUUCCUAGAUCUGGAGCAAAAAUUGUCCUUGUAUCUCCCAAAGACCUGGAGAAAGAAUACAUCAAAGGAGGAAGUAGUUCUCUCUCUGAAAGUGCAGUACUUUGUAGAAAAUGUUCAACUAAUUCUUAACAGUGAAGCCCGCCAGCUGUAUUAUGCCGAACUGAAAGGAAGAGUUUUGAGAUCUGAGUGCUUUGAGCUAGAAGGAUUAUACUUUCAGUUGGCUGCAUACGCCCUGCAAGCUGACCUGGGAGACUACGAAGAACGAAACUCUGCAUACUUUAGCCCACUGGGCUUUUUCCCUUUUUGGAUUAUACAGAAGCGUGGGAAUGAUUAUAUACUGGAGCACACCCCAACCCUGCAUAGGGAGCUUAAGGGAAUGUCAUCCAGCGAGGCUGCCUUACUUUUCAUGCAGGAAGCAUAUACCUUGUGUGAUGUGCCCCUCACCAUCUACAGAUUGUUCAAAGAAAAGAAUAAAGCACAAGGUUAUGUCCUCGUGUACUUGACUUCUAGAGGACUGCAGACCUCUGAGAUGCUGAAUGGAAAACAGUUUCUAUAUGAUUUGCCAUGGUCAGAUAUUCAUUCCAUUACAUUUCAGGGCAGGAAGUUUGACAUCCGUGCUGAUGGCAUGCGUGAGAAAAAGAUGGUGUUCUAUAGUUUUUCUGUCCUUCAUGCCAUAAGCCUGCUCCAGCACAUACGCAACAGUCACCGGCUGCAUCUGAACACAAAGUCCUUAGUCAUGCAGCUCAAGGAAAAAAACGAUAGAGGGACAUACAAAGAGAUGUACAUCACUGAUGGAGCUGAUCUGGACAUGGAGGACAGCGAUGAUGAGCUCCCACCAAUGAAAUUCCUCUUAGACCAGAAGCGAACCACUGACACCACUGAAUGUGGAAAUGUCAAAGAUAGUGAUGUUUCAAAGGGCCCUUGCGGCUUAGAGAUGAGUGUUGAUGAGCCAGAAGAAAUGUUUGUAGAUGACCCUGAAGACAUCCUGCGUUUAGUUGAGCUGGUGGAGGGUGUAUCUGUGGAUGGUCCUUUACUUCUGCCAAUUUCUCAUUGGAAAGGUGAGACCAGGAAUUAGUAUAAGUAUACAUGAAUUUAGCUUCUUAAAUGUCACAUACACUAUGGUUCAAAAUUUUAGGGUCAGUAAGAUUUUUUUUUUUUUUUUUAAGAAAUUAAUACUUUUAUUCAGCAAGGAUGCAUUAAAAUGAUAGAAAGUGACUGUAAAUACAUUUAUAAUGUUACAAAAGGUUUUUAUUUCAAAUAAAUGCUGUUUGUUUUGGCUUUCUAUUCCUCAAAGAAUACUGAUAAAAAAAAUGUAUUACAGUUUCCACAAAAAUCGACAAUCGUUUUUUAAGAUUGAUAAUAAUAAGAAAUGUGUCUUGAGUACCAAAUCAGCAUAUUAGAAUGGUUUCUGAAGGGUCAUGUGACACUGCUGAAAAUUAAGCUUUGCCAUCACAGGAAUACAUUACAUUUUAAAACAAACCUUUAAAUGGUAGUUUAGGGGAGUUAUUUUCUAAACAUGCUAGGAGACCAGCCUAAAUGGAUUUUAAGUGGAUUUUUCAACAGGGUAGUCUUUUAGUUCUGAUGUAUUUGUUAAUAUGUUUCACUGCUCAGUGAAUGAAUGACACUUGACUAAAAUGUCAUUUAUUUCCUGUCUCC